AUGAUGGCCAGCCAAGAGGAUCAAAACAAAUCUGAAUGGAUAGAUAGAAUAAGAUCUGAAGGUGCCAUUCCAUUUCUUGAUCCAAGUAAGUGCUCAAAUGGUUGGACUUCGCCACCUGGAGAUGCAUUCAUGGUUAGAGGUCCUGAGUAUUUUACUACAAAAGUUAAGAUUCCAGCAAGCGGUUAUCUGCUCAAACCUCUUGGAUUUGAUUGGAUAACAAGUCCAAUGAAAAUCGGUGAGAUAUUAAAGCAUCCAAAUAGCAGAGUUAGGAAGGUGAUUGAGAACGAGUUUCCCGACGGUGAUAGGCCUUUCGUGUGGGCAUUCAAUCUUCAACUUCCAACCAAAGAUAACUAUAGUGCAGUUGCGUAUUUUACAAACAAAGAGCCUAUUGUUGAGGGGUCACUAAUGGACAGAUUCUUGAAAGGUGAUGAUGCUUUUAGAAACUCAAGACUCAAGUUGAUUGCCAAUAUUGUUAAUGGUCCUUGGAUUGUGAGAAAAGCAGUUGGGGAGCAAGCAAUUUGCAUAAUUGGGCGUGCACUUUCAUGUAAAUACAGCGUGACAGAGAAUUUCAUGGAAGUAGAUAUUGAUAUUGGAUCUUCUAUGGUCGCAUCUGCAAUAGUUCAUUUGGCAUUUGGUUAUGUGACAACUUUGACGGUUGACCUGGCUUUUCUUAUAGAGGGUCAAACUGAAUCAGAGCUUCCAGAAAAACUCUUGGGUGCAUUCAGAUUUUCGAACCUUGAUCCUGCUUCUGCUAGACCAAUUGAGCCAUCAUCUGUUUCCAGCACUGCUAGUUUACAAAAAUCUUUGCCCACAAGAUUGUGGUAUUCAAUUGGGCACAUUCUUCAUCCGGGUUCUCAAGAAGACGGUUCUUCGACCUCACAAAAGUCAAAUUAA